AUGGCCACAAUUAAUAAAACGCACCUGUUGAAAACUCUGGAGCAGCUUGGGGAAAAGGAGCUGAAGACGUUUAAAUGGUACCUGCAGGAUAAAGUUCUGGAUGGGUUUGAGAGCCCAAAGAGCAGGUUGGAGGGACCUGCCAGAACAGACACAGUGGAUAGGAUGGAGGAGACAUACACACUGGAAGGAGCUCUGAAGAUCACUGUGGAGAUCCUGAGAAAGAUGGAUCAGAAUAAUCUUGCUGAGCGGCUGAUGGGUGUCAGUGGUGCUGAGGAGGCUGGUGGGAACAGUUUAACUUCCUGUCUUCCUCAGGAAGUCCAGGGUUCCUCCAACACGACUGAGACUGGAGGCCAUGCUGCUGCUCCUGGUGGAAACCCCUCAGAGCCUCAUGCAGCUACUCAUCUGUCCUCCAAUAAAGCUCAGGAUGGCAGCAUCGUCGUGGCUCCAGUGUUAAACGCAGAUGUUGGAGGCAAUGUAACCUACAAUAUAACCACCAUUAAUAACAUGAACACUGUGGACCAUCAGAAAAAAGAGGAAGCAUCCCUGAUCCCACAGCAAAGCACCUCCUCACCAACACAACUCUAUGAAGACAAAGAGCGAGAGACAAACAGGAGUGGUGAAGAAAAUGGUGUUCUUGAAUUAAUCGAUCAUUUCAAACUGAAACUGAAAGAGAAGUUUCAAGAAGUUUUUGAGGGCAUAGCUAAAAAAGGAAACGCAACUCUUCUCAAUGAGAUCUACACAGAUCUCUACAUUACAGAGGGUGAGAGUGGAGAGGUCAAUAAAGAACAUGAGGUGAGACAGAUUGAGACAGCAUCCAGGAAAUCAGCAAAAACAGAAACUGCCAUCACAUGCAACAACAUCUUUAAACCCUCAGCUGGACGAAACACACGUAUCAGAAUUGUUCUGACAAAAGGAGUUGCUGGCAUCGGAAAAACUGUCUCUGUGCAGAAGUUCAUCACAGAUUGGGCUGAGGGACUAGCCAAUCAGGAAAUCCAGUUCAUCUUUCCUCUCCCGUUUCGAGAGCUGAAUUUGUUGGAUGGAGAAGAGUUCAGUCUGAUGAAACUUGUCCAUCACUUCUUCUCGGAAACCAGACAAUCAGGAAUCUCCAACUACGACAAGUACAAAGUUCUGUUUGUCUUUGACGGUCUGGAUGAGUGCCGACUGCCCUUAGCCUUCAAAAAGAACAAGAGCUGGUGUGAUGUCACAGAGUCCACCUCAGUGGAUGUGCUGCUGACCAACCUGAUCAGAGGAAAGCUUCUUCCCUCUGCUCUCAUCUGGAUCACCACUCGACCAGCAGCAGCCAAUCAGAUCCCUUCUGAGUGUGUUGACCUGGUUACAGAGGUACGAGGGUUCAAUGACCCACAGAAGGAUGAGUACAUCAUGAAGAGAUGCAGUGAUGAGAUCCUGGCCAGGAGAAUCAUCUCACACAUCAAGACAUCAAGGACUCUCUACAUCAUGUGCCACAUACCAGUCUUCUCUUGGAUUACUGUUACAGUCCUUGAACACAUGCUGAGAACAGAGAAGAAAGAGAAGUUGCCCAAGACCCUGACUGAGAUGUACACACAGUUUCUGGUGUUGCAGACCAUACAAAAGAAAGUGAAGUAUCAUGGGAAAACUGAGACAGAUUCAUACUGGGAUGAAGACAGCAUUCAGAGUAUUCAGUCACUGGGAAAACUGGCCUUCCACCAGCUGAUCAAAGGCAACCUGAUUUUCUAUGAGAAAGACCUGACAGAGUGUGGAAUUGAUGUCUGUGAUGCCUCAGUGUACUCAGGAGUGUUCACACAGAUCUUCAGAGAGGAUCGUAAAGCCUUUCAGAAGAAGGUGUUCUGCUUUGUCCAUCUGAGCUUUCAGGAGUUUCUGGCUGCUGUGUUUGUGUUUCUCUCAUUCAUCAACAACAAUGAGAAUCUGAUGUCAAAGAAUCCAUUAGCUUCCAGUUUCAACAAACUGUUGGCUUGUUUCACAGUGAAACCAGAAGUCCGAUUCUACAAGAGUGCUGUGGACAAGGCCUUGCAGAGUAAGAAUGGACAACUGGACCUUUUCCUCCGCUUCCUCCUGGGCCUCUCAAUGGAGUCCAACCAGACUGACUUACAAGGCCUACUGACUCAGACAAGAAGCAACACACAGAGCCAUGAGGAAACAGUCAAGUACAUCAAGGAGAAGAUCAGAAAGAAUCCAUCUCCAGAGAGAUGCAUGAAUCUGUUCCACUGUCUGAAUGAACUGAAUGACCAUUCUCUGGUGGAGGAGAUCCAACACUACCUGAGCUCAGGAAGUCUCUCCAGUGAGAAGAAGCUCUCAUCUACACAGUGGUCAGCUCUGGUCUUUGUGUUGCUGACUUCAGAAGAGGAGAUGGACGUGUUUGACCUGAAGAAAUACUCCAGAUCAGAGGAAGGUCUUCUGAGGCUGCUGCCAGUGGUCAAAAACUCCAAAGCUGCUCAGCUGUCAGGCUGUCACAUCACAGAGGAAGGAUGUGCUUCUCUGAGCUCAGCUCUGAAGUCAACCUCCUUCCUGAGACAACUGGAUCUAAAUAACAAUGAUCUGAAGGAUGCCGGCAUGAAGCUGCUCUCUGCUGGACUGGGGAAUCCACUCUGCAAGCUGGAGACA